ACACAGGCGCCCCGGCGUCUGCCUGUCCUCCCCCCGAAUGACCGCAGGCCUGGCGGCAGCAGCAGCAGCAGAAGCAGCAGCAGCAGCAGCAGCAGCAGCAGCAGCAGCAGCCUUCUCCUGGCUGGCAGGGCGUACAGCCUCCGAGUGAUGCUGCCACUUCUGCAGCGGGGGUAGCACGCAGCGACCGCGCGCACCGUCGACGCCCGAUGCAGUACCCGACGGCGCAGCCUCGGCCUUUGACAAAAGAGACUGAGCGAGCGCCCCCCUCCCCUCAAACCCCACCCGCUCGUCUCUGCCUCCCGUUACUACUCCAGGCAGGAUGUCCGAGUCCGACUGCAACGCAAGUUCCUCCGACCGGGUGAUCAAAUCGGUCCCCUUCCCCCUGGCCCACCGGCUGACCAUGAAGGAGGUGUUCGACGCCGAAGGCCGGCCACGGGUGGACCUGCUCAAAGCUCACCUGACGAAGGAGGGCCGACUGGAGGAGGCCGUGGCCUUGCGCAUCAUCGAUGAGGGUGCCGCCAUCCUGCGCCAAGAGCGCACCAUGUUGGACAUUGAGGCACCAGUCACGGUGUGUGGAGACAUCCAUGGCCAGUUCUUCGACCUGAUGAAGUUAUUCGAAGUUGGAGGUUCUCCUGCUAACACACGCUACCUCUUCUUGGGGGACUACGUGGACAGAGGCUACUUUAGCAUUGAGUGUGUGUUGUACCUUUGGUCUCUGAAAAUCCUCUACCCAAAGACGCUCUUUCUUCUUCGGGGAAACCAUGAAUGUAGACAUCUGACAGAAUAUUUCACCUUCAAACAAGAAUGUAAGAUCAAGUACUCGGAGCAGGUGUACGAUUCCUGCAUGGAGGCGUUCGACUGCUUGCCCCUGGCUGCUCUGAUGAACCAGCAGUUCUUGUGUGUGCAUGGGGGGCUUUCUCCAGAGAUCCACACGCUGGAUGACAUCAAGAAGUUGGACCGGUUCAAGGAGCCCCCGGCGUUUGGGCCCAUGUGUGACCUGUUGUGGGCCGACCCGCUGGAAGACUUUGGCAACGAGAAGACCCAGGAGUAUUUUGGCCACAACACAGUCAGAGGAUGCUCCUAUUUUUAUAGUUAUCCUGCAGUAUGCGAGUUCCUACAAACCAACAACCUGCUGUCAAUCAUCAGGGCCCAUGAAGCACAGGAUGCUGGGUACCGCAUGUACAGAAAGAGUCAGACCACAGGUUUCCCCUCCCUCAUCACCAUCUUCUCAGCCCCCAACUACCUGGAUGUGUACAACAACAAAGCGGCGGUGUUGAAAUACGAGAACAACGUGAUGAACAUCCGCCAGUUCAACUGCUCCCCUCACCCCUACUGGCUCCCCAACUUCAUGGAUGUCUUCACGUGGUCCCUGCCCUUCGUGGGAGAGAAGGUGACUGAGAUGUUGGUGAACGUUCUCAGCAUCUGCUCCGACGACGAGCUCACGAAUGACGGGGAAGAGAUCUACGACGCCAGUGCAGCUGCAGCAAGGAAAGAGGUGAUCAAAAACAAGAUCCGAGCCAUUGGGAAGAUGGCGAAGAUGUUCUCUGUUCUACGGGAGGAGAGUGAGAACGUCUUGACCCUGAAGGGGCUGACUCCUACAGGCAUGCUGCCCAGCGGCGUGCUAUCUGGCGGCAAGCAAACCCUGCAGAGCGCAACCAUUGAGGCCAUAGAAGCCAUCGAGACAGUUAAGGACGCCGAAGCCAUCAGAGGCUUCUCACCACAGCAUCGGAUCAGCAGUUUCGAGGAGGCAAAGGGUCUGGACCGGAUCAACGAGAGGAUGCCGCCGAGGCGCGACGCCGUCAACAGCGUGGGCCUGUCGAUGGGACGCAUGAACAUGGGGGAGCCCAACGGCACAGACAACAACAGCAAUAUACAGUGAUGGACCGUCCCACAUGCUCAGACCUGUACCUGCAGUUACAGCAACAUGGAUCCAUGUUUAGACACAUGUACAUAGUCAUACAUACAUGUGAGAAAUGCAUCACUAACCAAUCCUGCAGACAAUGCUCACAACCCAUCAUCCACUGCACACAAACCCACGCAGACACACUAUUAGCUACCUUUCCUCAGCUCCUAUGUAAAGGCAUGAGUGUACCUGGACUUUACCACCAACAGCUGAGUUUCUUUACUGAACUGAUCAGCUCUGAUCUUGAGAACUACAUCUGUAUCGGCACAACCACAGGAGAGAAACUCCAAGAACGCUAACGGGUACCGGCAGGAGGAGCUGCCGUCCAGUCUGUGUCGCCUUGUGGCUCCACGCCGUGUUUGUGGCGUGUUACGUUUGUUUUGGCUCAGGUGUGGGGUUGCUUCUGCUCACGAGGCGACAGACCAAACGACGAUUCAUUUUCUAGAGUUGAGUAUAGGCCUGCGUGCUUUCCCAUGCAUGCUAUGACAUGUUAGCAUAGUACAUGCAGUUGCAGUCAUCGGUACUGCGCCUUCAGUAGCAGGUCAAACCGGUUCUUGGCAUUAUAUACAUCCACCUCAGAUGAAUGGUACUACAGUAUAUGCUGCACAAAUGAAGAAAGUUUGUCAAACUAAGUGCACCCCAACCCUGCCAUCAAAAAGGAAAAUGCUAGCCAACAGUCAAUCGGGGGAUGCUGACCAACAUCUUAGAGAAUACUUGGAGGAUUUUCAGCAAGUUCACUCCAAAGCAUGAAAAACAAAUCCUGCAUCUCAACCUCUACAAGCCUCAGUCAGCGUACCAGGUGUUUUGGCUCUCAGAGCUAACCAGAAACCUGCCAACUCCCCUGUGCCAGGCUACAUCUGCCCUAUUUUAUAGGUGGAAUCUUCAUGUUACCAAAACAAUCUCCUCCUAUUCUAUACGAGCUUUCCGAAUUCUGCAUUGGGUGCGUAAAGUCGGAAAUGUUGAAAGAUGUUAUUAUUCAGAAUGAAAGCUUUGCAGGAAAUGAAAGGCGUUUAGGUAAUGCUAGAAACUUUCCAUCAGUUGGUGCCUGCACCUCCUCACAACUCAGGCGUAUAGACUUGUUCUUAAAACAUUUGCCACUACCGGUUUGUGACUUUAGAUGAGGUUUAGAACACGGAACAGCUGGUUUUGCACUAAAUAGCAUUAAUGUCCCACAUUUAAGUCACAAAGCUCCUGGAACAAGGCCCCGAGGAGAGUUUUUCAACUGUAACAGCCUGAUUCACAUUUAUAAAAACAAAAUCUUACGGUACAAACAGCUGAGAAGUUGGUGGUUUUGAGGGUUUCUUUUGAAGCCACAGGAGCAAAAAGACAAAAGUUUGGCUGAAACUGGAUGCCACAACAAUAGAUUUGAGCGCAGCAGCAAAAUAUCGGUAGAAAGAAAAAAAAUUAUAUCAAACUUUAUUUAUACAAAGCGCCUCUCAUGCUUUUAGUGCUUUACACUAAACUAAACUGAUGAGGCGUGAAGCUCUAAUUUCAGCCCUCUUCAAACAAACAGCCAGACUGUCAUUUAAGAUGGAGUCAAAGGGGUGUACUUAGUUUGUCACACACACACAACUCAUUUUGAUAAAUGAAAAAAGAAACAUCUGGAGUGAACUAUUGACUGUAUAUGAGAACUGGACCGAGUGAGUGUGAUGUCACACAUAGAAAACUCUGUUACUUCCAGCUCCAAUCAAAGUCGCCAUUUUUUCGCAAAUACGAACGCCGCCAUGUUGGAGUCGGACGUCGUCAGUAAGCAGCGAUUGAUCCGAGUUGGGCUGAGUCAUCAUUGCUAUGGCAACCACUCCGGCCAAUCAGGAGUGGGCUUGUUGGUAGUUCAUACCCCUUACCACCAAAUCAAAUGUUUCUAGCGUAGGCCCCACCUACUUUUAUUGAGGCCUUUGAUUGGCCAGUUUAGAAUAACUUGCAGUAAAGAAAUAAUAUGAAAAAGAAGGAGGAUUAUAAAGAACAUGUUAAAAAAAAAAAAAAAAAAGGUAUCAAGAGCAAGAACGGUUAUUCUGAUGAAUAGAGUGAGUAAUAGCUGCUUAUUUCUUGACCUUUUGGAGCUGGUGGGUACUUCCUGUUUGGGACAUGCUGGGGGCGGGGUCACUCAGUCCAACUCUCACUUACGGUCUAUGGUAUGAAUGCAUGGCCGCUCAGCCGAGGACAUGUGGAGAACUUCUUUCAUUCACAAAACAUUAGGAUUUAAGACGUGCACACCUUCUUCUCCAAACACCUUUAUGUUGAAAGACGAUUUCUUUUCUCGCUUGCAGUUCACACCGACAGUCUGGCAGUAACCAAAAGCUGCAGAAGGGUUACACGCUGCCCGCAUCAGUGUGUGCAGAUGCUCCCAGCUGCAAUCUAAUCUGAGCCCUGAACUCUCCUUCUGCAGAGGAGAUCCCCACUUUUUUUUUUUUUUUGCUUCUGUAGCACUGCACUAUUCUCCACUUGAAGCCAAGGGGAAGUGUCCCCCUCAAACUCUGGUUCUCAGCCAGCUUGCUCUCUGGAAAGGCUUGAAACUGGGCCCAAUUUAUAUUAGAGGAGUUUCCCUCUACGUGUAAAUAAUUUACAAAGAGGUUUUAUUGCACAUCUGAUGCAUAUGAUCACAGGAGAUGCAGUACAAGUGAAACUCGAAUGUUUUAUUUUAGGGGAGGAGAUCGGAUAUGAAGCCACACCUUCAUGUUCUUUUUUCAUCCUCCUUUCCUUCCGGGUUGAUUUCUGCAGAAAUGUUCUUUUAUUUUUGGUGGUGGUGGUGGUGGUGGGGGGGACAGCUGGUCUCAAAAGCAAGAAAUGAAAUUUCUCUGAGGAAGCAGAUUCUUCUGAAGGCCAGAGGAGGAAAAGUGAAGUUAAAGGUCUUUGUAAAGCAUUUAUAUUAACGCAUCAGUGCAUGCAAAGUUAAGUUCUUUGAUAAUAAUGUGAAGAUUAUAUUUGUGCUCUGUGUUUCACUAUAGGACAUUUUUCCAUCAGGGUUUCUGGUCAAUAUUAAUGAACUGAAGGUAUAAUUUGUCAUUUAUUUUGUACAUAUUGUUAAUUUAUUUUUUUCAAAUCGAUUUUUCUGUCACUGUAUUUUCUUUUGGUCUCAUUUAUUCCUGUUUUUUUUUUUGUAAGUGUUUUUCAGUUGCGCUGUACAGAACGACAGUAUGCUUCUCUUCAUGCCCCGCCCCUCUCUUUGUCAGUGUACAGGAGUUGUUUUUAAAUGAUAAAUAUGAACACUUAAACCAAUAUGAAACGAAUGAUCGUACUAAAUACAAAAAGGCACAGACAUCCGGACAGCCAAAAGCAUGAUUGCAUGGUUCCAACCGGCACUUCCAAGCAAAAAGCAGCGGAGGAGCCGGCGACGGCGUCAGUUUUUAAGAAAAAUGUUUACUCUGAGCAUCAUUCAUGAGGACUCCUCCGUAUUUGAUUCUGUUUAUGACUAUUUUGAUUCUAUUUAUUAUGGACAUUAUUCUUAAUAUUUAAGCUCUCUCUGCUGGUUGCUCUUCAUGUUGCGUUGCUCCUUGGUUGUGCUUCUUUGGGAGAGGUGACCCCCCCCCCCGCAUCCCGCCCCCCCCCGGAUGACCCUGUGCCAUAGAGUUGUACCACAUUCCUUCCUUUCUUGGUUUCCUCCUUUCCUGCCCUCCCUGGACUUUUCUGUUUUGGCUCCCUGGUCACUAACACUGUAAGCAUGCCCCAUGGGAUUCUCCACUUUUUUACUCUUGAAUAAAAUAUGCAUGGACCUUU